CAGUCAGUCAGUCGCUGUGUGUGUGGAGAGACAAGUGUGCCGGAGGGGGAAGAGAGCCCACUCGUGUGUUGAAUGCUGUGCGUGGACCAUCACCAGCGCGCCGCCGCCGCCCGCUCACAUGCACACGCACCUGGCUGAGAGCUUUACGGUGGCCGCGGAGAGACACAGCGUGUGAUUUGUGUGUGUGUGUGUGUGUGUGUGUUGUUAUUGUUGUUGCAUGUGAAGGAGGCUGCUGUUCGCCGGCUCUGCGGCUGUUUGUGUGUGCUUGUCGCCCCCCCUCCCUCCUUCCUAUGGGACUCUAAUUAAUCGGAGGCAUGUGGACUCGCACCAGGAUUAGACAUCGCUUCCUAAUAGUGUGCCUGCUGUUGACGUUAUGGGCCAAGGCGUCCCAGUCGACGGGCUAUUUCGAGCUGCAGCUGAUCUCCGUGGAGAAUGUGAACGGCGAGUUGGCUGGCGGGGAGUGCUGCGACGGCUCCAGGAGCUCCCAGGAGGAUCUGCGCUGUGUGGAGGACGAGUGCGACACUUACUUCAAGGUGUGCCUCAAGGAGUACCAGGUGGACAUCACCACUGGGGGGCCCUGCAUGUUCGGAGCAGGAGCGACGAAAGUUCUCGGUGGAAAUAUGUUGAAUUUUCAGAACGCCAAGAAUAAAAUUGACGAGGCGGGCAAGAUUGUGAUCCCCUUCCAGUUUGCAUGGCCGCGGACAUACACCUUAAUUGUUGAGGCCUGGGACUGGGACAACAUCACCCGUCACAAUGACGAGGAGCUGCUGAUCGAGCGAGCUGCCCACACGGGCAUGGUCAACCCCGGCGACCCCUGGCAGACCAUCCCCUACGACGGACCCGUGGCUCGCAUCAUUUACCGCAUUCGGGUGCGGUGUGAUGACAAUUACUAUGGCAACAAGUGCAAUAAACUGUGUGUUCCUCGCGACAACUACUUUGGCCACUAUGGCUGCGAGCAGUCGGGAGCCAAGGUUUGCCUGGAGGGCUGGAUGGGUCCUGAUUGUAGGACAGCAAUCUGCAAGCAAGGUUGUAACCUGCUACAUGGGGGCUGCACAGCUCCAGGGGAAUGCAAGUGUAAGUACGGCUGGCAGGGUCAAUUCUGCGACGAAUGUGCGGUGUUCCCCGGAUGCGUUCACGGCACUUGCAGCGUCCCCUGGCAGUGCAACUGCGAGAGGAACUGGGGUGGCCUGCUGUGCGAUAAAGAUUUGAAUUACUGCGGUCGCCAUCAGCCGUGCGUCAAUGGAGGCACGUGCAUGAACACCGAACCAGACGAGUACUACUGCGCUUGUCCACAAGGCUACUCAGGCAAAACGUGUCAGAUUGCCGAGCACUCCUGUGUUUCCAGUCCUUGUGCAAACGGUGGUACAUGCCAUGAAGGGCCCUCAGGGUUUGAGUGCCAGUGUCCGCCAGGCUGGGAGGGUCCGACCUGUGCACACAAUUUGGACGAGUGUGCGUCUAAUCCAUGUGCCCGGGGUGGAACCUGCAUGGACCUGGAGGAUGGCUUUGAGUGUGUGUGCCCUCCAGAGUGGGAAGGAAAGACCUGCCAGAUAGAUGCUAAUGAGUGUGCAAGAAAGCCGUGCGUGAACGCUUAUUCUUGCAAAAAUUUGAUUGGUGGAUAUCACUGCGACUGUUUUCGGGGAUGGUCUGGACAAAACUGUGACAUCAACAUGAGUGGCUGCAAAGGACAAUGCCAGAACGGAGCUGCAUGCAAGGAGGGCCCACACGGAUUCCGCUGCCAGUGCCCACCAGGUUUUGUGGGUUCUCACUGUGAAAUCCAGAGGAAUAAGUGCGACAGCGGACCGUGUCUGAAUGGAGGGCAGUGCCAUGCUGUGUUGGGUGGAUUUGUGUGUCAGUGUCCAUCAGAGUACGCAGGACAAAUAUGUGAGAUCCAGAUCUCUUCCCCUUUGGAUGCUUGUGCUUCAAACCCGUGUGAGAACCAGGCCAAGUGCCACAGCAUGGACCAGGACUUCUACUGUGCAUGUCCUGAGGGCUUCGAGGGAAAAACCUGUGAGGAACCCAAAGAGGAGUGCAAGACCACACCCUGUCAAGUUAUCGACAGCUGCACCGUUGCCGUAGCGACCAACGACUCGGCAGAAGUGAGGCACAUCUCCUCCAAUGUCUGCGGACCACGAGGGCGCUGUGUGAGCGGCCCGGCUGGCAACUUCACAUGUAUCUGUGAUGCAGGGUUCAGCGGCAUCUACUGUCACGAGAACAUUAACGACUGCAUCCAAAGCCCAUGUCAAAACGGGGGCACCUGCAUUGAUGGCAUCAACUCCUUUCAGUGCUUCUGUCCUGACGGAUGGGAAGGACCACUCUGCGACCUGAAUGUCAACGAGUGCAGGCACAACCCGUGUAAGAACGGCGGACGCUGUGUCGACCUUGUGAACGACUUCUACUGUGAAUGUGCCGACAACUGGAAGGGCAAGACCUGCCAUUCACGUGAGAGCCAGUGUGAUGCCACCACCUGCAGCAAUGGAGGUACCUGUUAUGACCACGGGGACACCUUCCGAUGUGCCUGCCCCCCUGGCUGGGGGGGAAACACAUGCAACACAGCCAAGAACAGCACAUGCGCCUCCAGUCCUUGCUUGAACGGUGGAACCUGCGUGGGAGGAGGAGACACCUUUUCUUGUAUCUGCAAAGAAGGCUGGGAAGGUCCCACCUGCAGCAAAAAUAUAAACGACUGCAACCCUCAUCCAUGUUAUAAUGGCGGCAUCUGUGUGGAUGGAGUCAACUGGUUCCGCUGUGAGUGCGCCCCCGGGUUUGCUGGGCCCGACUGCAGAAUCAACAUCAACGAGUGCCAGUCUUCACCCUGUGCCUACGGCGCCACCUGUGUGGACGAGAUCAACGGCUUCCGCUGCAUUUGUCCAAUCGGCAGAACGGGAAUCCGAUGUCAAGAAUUCAUCGGUAUCGGGAAGUCUUGUCAGUACGCCGGGUUGCAGUUUCCUCACGGCAGCCGCUGGGAGGAAGAGUGCAACGGUUGCCAUUGUAGCAACGGAAGAGUGGAUUGCACUAAGGUGCUGUGUGGUCGCCGGCCCUGCCUCCUCCCAUCAUCAGACCAGGACCAGGCCAUGCAGUCCUGCCCUGGAGGACGCGAUUGUGUGCCACACAGAUACUUGACGUGCUUUUCCCCGCCUUGUCAUCAGUGGGGGGUUUGUUCAGUGGGUAGAACAUCACAAGCGCUCACUCAGACCACUAGCACCAAGUGCCAGCCCAACAGUGGGCACCUGGACAACAAUUGUGGGCGUGUCACGUUGGUUUUCAACAAAGACAAAGUCCCGCCAGGGACCACAGUGGAGAACAUCUGCUUUGAGCUGAGGUAUCUUCCUGACACCAGAACCUUGGCAAAAGACCACACUCUCCUGCUGCUCUGUGAUCUGUCUCAUUCCACUCAGGAUGCUGUGGAAGUAGCCAUUUCUUUCCAGCCCGAGGAUCUAACAGACCACAGCCUGAUACAGGAGACGGCCAACACCAUAGUGGGCACUUUAUCCAAGCGCCACAACAGCACCAUCAUGUUGGCGGUCAUUGAGGUCAAAGUGGAAACGCAGGUCACAUCCCAUUCACUAGAUUACCUGGUGCCUCUACUGUGUGUCAUCUUCAGUUUGCUCUGCCUCUUCUGCAUCAUCGUUUGUGUUUGGUGGACUCGCAAACGAAGAAAAGAGCGUGAAAGGAAUGCGCAUUUACCGUCCGACGUCAACAACCACUGGGAGCCGCUUCGGCUAGUCGGGGGACAUCAACAUCAACAUCAACAACAACAGCAGCAGCUGAAAGAAAGCAACAGGGAGGCCGAGCAGGAGCGCAAAAAGCUCAUGGAGCCCUCCUAUCGGACGUGUGAUGAAGGAGCGGAGGAGGAGGAUGAGGAGGAGACGGAAGGCGAGCUGGAGGAAGAGGAGAUGUGCGGAGCGGAGGCGGGAAAGCAGCCCGUUUAUAAGUACUCGAAGGCUGCGGUGCAGUCUAGUGGGGGGCUGAUCUUUACCACGCACAGCUCCAGUACGCCCUUCAAGGCGCCCCACCGGACCCCAGGCUACAGCCCCAAAGACAACCGCUGGAAAAAUGUCAGCGCCGUCAUGACCGGCCAGAAGGACGUCAGAGAUCAUUGUGUAUAAGACAUUUCAAGAAAGACUCGCCAAAAGUGGAAGCGAGACGCUGCGAAGAGGCAGACUUUUUUUUUGUGGACUACAUUUUGGGAGGAAAAAGGCUUUGUGUUUAAAGAAGCCAUUUUUUUUUUUUUUUUGUCAGCAUAUUUGUGUCACCUGACGAUGUUUAUAUUCAGGCGUCACAAUGGACAUCCUUUUUUUCCAGGUGGUAAAAAAAACCACUGCAAUUUUUGUUGAUACCAUUUAAGAAUCAAAGGUUGGUUGCUUUGCUUUACGGACUGUUAGGACUUUAUGACUUGGAGUGGUCCCAUCAGGCUUCUGUUGGAUGUCUGUGGUGGUGGGGGGGGGGCAUUUAAAGGGCCAGGAAGGGUUUUUUUUUAUUGGGCUGUUGCUAUCACAACAAGAAGGAAAAACCCUCUCUCUGCUCUUUGUCGUCAGCUUUACCCUCGCAUCCGCCUGAGGCCAUCACACGCCAGCCUUACCAAAACACCCGGCUCGGGAGGGGGGAGGGGGCGGGGGCGGUGGACACAAACCCCAGUGCCUACUAUGUGGCCUUCAAUGAUUUUAUCCUGUCUUUCAGUUGUUUGAGCUCUGUUUGAGAAUGAUUUUUUUUUUUUUGCAGUAUUUUGAGUUGGUAGCAAGUGCCUUUCUACGAGCCGCCUCCGGGCUCCCAAGUCGCGCUGCCCAGUUUGACCUCCUCGGUUCCAAAUCUCAAACGUCUCGGUGUGCAUUUAAAGAGUUCCAUUUCACAGCAACGCCAUUCAAGGUAUUUGAUCCAAAAAACAGAAAUGAAUACUCUGUACAUAUGUGUAAAUACAACAAAAAGGAGUCGCUGUGUAUAUUUGAAAUAAGUAACUUAAGACAAGUCACACAUUUUUAUUAUUAUUAUUUUUAUUAUGAUUAAUAUUUUUUUUUUUUUUACAAUGCCAUUCCUUUUAUUUAUGCCAGUGGAAAAUAGGAAGGUUUUAUAAAACGUCCAAAUCAGUCCCACAGUUAAGAACCUCGACACUGACGUACCACCAAUGAAGGACUUUUUGAAGGGUUUAUAAAUGGUUUGUUUUCCCGUUUAUUUGUGUUAUGAAAUGAAAAUGUUUUUUUCCCCGCAAACCAUUUCUAAGCCCGUCAUAAACCCUUUUUGUUUCAGGUGCCUUCAAGUAUCGAGUCAUGCUUUAUUUGUGUCAUCUUUUUAUGUUUUUUGGUUUGUUUUCACAAGUAACUCUUUAAAAAAAAACAAAAAAAAACUGUGUGUUGUAUUGUGGCGUGUUUUAUUCGCCUUAGGUAAAAGUGCUUUCCUUGUCUCACGUUGCGUUCAUGAUAGAAUUUGUGGGUGAUUAAACCAAUGGACUAUUGAAAAGGCUCUUUUUCGGUCCGAUGUGGACAAAACGCAUGAGCUUCAUGUUUGGUUUCAAGGCUUUAAUGAAGGGAACAAUGUUUGCUGUUGCUACCGUGCAGCUGUGUUUGUUUCAGUUACCGACUCAGUCCAAAAAAUAAUAAUAAUAAGGCUCAUAUCAAAGUUGAACCCCCCCCUUUUUUUCAUACCAUGUAAGACCAUCAUAUUUUCUGUUCAUGGGACACAGCAAAAAUAAAGAAUUAAAGCGGCAUCACUGCUGGUGUAAAAACUGAAUAUGCAUAUUUUCAUUCUAUAUCAGUUUUGUACAAAGGAAAGGUUUUCAUUCUUUUAGUGAAUGUUUCAUGGGCAGUUAUUAAAGCUCUUUUCACACUUUUUCA